AUGGCGAAGAACGUUGGGAUUUUGGCUAUGGACAUCUAUUUUCCACCUACCUGUGUUCAACAGGAAGCGUUGGAAGCUCAUGAUGGAGCAAGCAAAGGGAAAUAUACGAUUGGACUUGGCCAAGAUUGCUUAGCUUUUUGCACAGAGCUUGAAGAUGUGAUUUCAAUGAGUUUCAAUGCGGUGACAUCUCUUCUUGAGAAGUAUAAGGUUGACCCGAACCAAAUCGGGCGUCUUGAAGUAGGAAGUGAGACUGUCAUAGACAAAAGCAAAUCCAUCAAAACUUUCUUGAUGCAACUCUUUGAGAAAUGUGGAAACACUGAUGUCGAAGGUGUUGACUCGACCAAUGCUUGUUAUGGAGGAACUGCGGCUUUGUUAAACUGUGUCAAUUGGGUUGAGAGUAACUCGUGGGAUGGACGCUAUGGCCUCGUCAUUUGUACUGACAGCGCGGUUUAUGCAGAAGGACCCGCGAGGCCCACUGGAGGAGCCGCAGCUAUUGCUAUGUUGAUAGGACCAAAUGCUCCUAUCGUUUUCGAAAGCAAAUUGAGAGCAAGUCACAUGGUUCAUGUGUAUGACUUUUACAAGCCAAAUCUUGCUAGCGAAUACCCGGUUGUUGAUGGUAAGCUUUCACAGACUUGCUACCUAAUGGCACUUGACUCUUGCUAUAAACAUUUAUGCAACAAGUUCGAAAAACUCGAGGGCAAAGAGUUCUCAAUCAAUGAUGCCGACUACUUUGUUUUCCAUUCUCCAUACAACAAACUUGUACAGAAAAGCUUUGCUCGUCUAUUGUACAACGACUUCUUGAGAAACGCUAGCUCCAUUGACGAGGCUGCCAAGGAAAAAUUCACCCCUUUUUCAUCGUUGUCCCUAGACGAGAGUUACCAAAGCCGUGAUCUUGAAAAGGUGUCACAACAACUUGCGAAAUCGUUUUAUGAUGCUAAAGUGCAACCAACGACUUUAGUACCAAAGGAAGUCGGUAACAUGUACACCGCUUCUCUCUACGCUGCAUUUGCUUCCCUAAUCCACAAUAAACACAACGAUUUGGCGGGAAAGCGGGUUGUUAUGUUCUCAUAUGGAAGUGGUUCAACCGCUACAAUGUUCAGUUUACGUCUAUGCGAAAAUCAGUCUCCUUUCAGCCUUUCAAGCAUUGCAUCUGUAAUGGACGUUGGUGGGAAGUUGAAGGCUAGAUAUGAGUAUGCACCUGAGAAGUUUGUGGAGACAAUGAAGCUAAUGGAACAGAGGUACGGAGCAAAGGACUUUGUGACGAGCAAAGAGGGUAUUUUAGACCUUUUGGCUCCGGGAACAUAUUACCUGAAAGAGGUUGAUUCGUUGUACCGGAGAUUCUACGGGAAGAAAGGCGACGAUGGAUCCAUUGCCAAUGGACACUGA